AAGUGCUGAAGAUGAUUCUCAAUUCAAAGUAAAUUAUUUAAAUUUAUACACUGCUGUGAACGUUUCAUAUAUGCAGAUAGAAUGUAUAGUAAUAGCAGGAAUAAAGGAACGAUUGGUGGUAUUCUAAUGAAUAUUGUAUAGACCGAGACAUCGAUAAUCCGUCGAGACAUCCCGUCUCUCGUCGCGAUUCUACGAGCUUGCGCGAUUCGUACGUUGUGUAAAACGUCCCGGUAUUUAUACCAGAUCAGUUUACUGCUAUUCGUUACGUGUACAUACAAUAUCUAUAAUCAUCUUAACUAAUAUACAUCAAUUCCCAUAAGUAUAAAACCGAACAAUUAUUCUAAACAAUCGUGUCUGCAGUGCAUCGUACCGUCACAGAAAUGAAGGCGCUUACCGACAAUCGGUCUUGAGUUAGCGUUUCGCAAAUAAAAAUAUUAUUAGCAUAAAUUUCUUAAAAAUUAUACCUCUAUUCGAUCGAUUGAAAUUCAUUGCGAUAAAGAACCAUGUCUCCAUCAAAGAGACUCCAAGAAGAUUGAAAUUCUACCAGAAGCAGCCUCAAAUUCAUCUUCCAUCAAGGAGAUCAGGACGGUGUUACUUUCCGUGGUAACCAACGAGGAAUCGAUAAUUCAGCAAGUAGUUUCGAAUCUGAUCGAAUCAGAAGUUGUGAUGUUUGACCGUUGGACUAUCCGUAAGAGAGCCUGGAUACGUAAGAACUUGUGACGAGUGAUGUUCAUCGAUGCUGAACGAAUGAAACUGGUAGAUGGUUCUCGGUUUCAACGCAGACAGCGUGACGCCGCACCGGCUGAACGAGUGGAAACGUAAACGCGCAUCUCGAUCGUGACGUAAACGUUAUCGAUACUUGUACAACGACCUCGAAUGAUACCCGCGAUACCUUGGACCGACCGGACUGCACCGUCCAGGUAAGUGCAGAGUGACGAUAAAAAUGAUGCCACUUCUUCUUCUCGACAUAGAAGUUUCUACCCUCGCAAGUGAAGGUGAUCCACGCCUUGGCACUCUCCCAGUGAAUCCGAUUCGUCAGAAUUCGUCAAAGUCUCGCCUCGCUUACGGCUGGACAGAAAGCUCUGCCCGGUUCAAGAAGCAGUCUCCUGCUCGCGGGAAAGCGCGUCCGUCCUCGAGGACACCGGUGGCCGCUGCAGAGGAAAAGGAACCGUCGUAUCGACCAUCGAGAUGAACGCGAGCGAGGACAGGGGCGCAGCCGCGGAUUCACCGCGUCUAAGUAGGCCAAAGCUGCGCGACAUCGCCCGCCUCUGGAUCAACACAUUCAGAGCCUUCUAUGCCGGGGACGUAGAAGUUGCACCCGUUGCAACAGCUUCACCAGCCACCGCCUCUCGUGAGGCAGGAAGUCUCACGGGACAGGGAGCCCCGGGGGUAGCUGCGAUGGGUAACCUGCAGAGCGACGCGAAGAAGAAGGGCAAGAAGGGACGUGGAACCACCGAGGGGACCGCUAGCACUCCUGACUCCAUUGCGGAUGGCCUGGUGGACGCGACGGACACCGGGGACGACGGGGAGACUGGAGACACAGAAGAGACGCCAGUUAAGAAGACACAGAGUAUUGGGAAAACGGGAGAUGGUCAAAAGGGUGGAACGGAAAAAUUGCGGCCGACUCACAAGAGACAAGCACCAAGGCCACCUGAAUUCGCCGAAAGACAGGUUCCGGAAGCUAAACCCGAGGCUCCAGAAAGGCCGCGACAGGAAGGAGAGGGAAAGAUCGAGAAGAAAGAUGAAUCGCAGGAGGAAUCGGUAGACACGAUUGUAUUAACGGAAACUAAAGAGAAAGAUGAGGCAUCGAACGCGAUGGUAGCGGUAUCUGGUCAAAGUCAAAAACAAGGACCAGCGCUUCUGGUUACAGACUCUUGGCGAUUAGCCAAUAAAAGUCUCGUCGUAACGGAAAUCUCGAUGCCGCCGAGUCAAGAAUCCUCGAGCGACAGCGUGUUUACCGACCCUGAAGAACUGGCUGGCGCCGCGGAAGCUGCGAAGACGGAAGUGGCCGAUACGACCACCUCGUCGUUACUUCCCACCACCUACGCCGCACCGAAGAGUCGCGAGAUCGAACAGUCUUCCAUCGCCCCACUGCUCGUAAAGUUUCAUCCGGCGCCGAGCGAUGAUAAGCGUUCAUUUGACGCGACAGAACGACGACUCGUCGACUCGUUAAUUACGGCCUUACCGGAACACUUGAAGUCUACUCUUACGGAAGCUGAAUUGGAACAAUUCGCCUCUAGAAUCUACUCCAGACUCGUCUCUGAUGGAGUUCUUGGUUCCAUUACAGUUAAUACUGCCACGCACAAGGAAUCUACGGAAGAUCAGACAGAACGCAGAGACACGCCGUCCAUAUCCGUUACCCUAAAUUCGGAAGGUGUCUCUGCCAAAGAUCGAUGGGAUUCGGAGAAGGAAACGUUGAAACGCGAGCUAGAACGUCUUCGGGAACUCGCCAAGUAUGCGGAGAAAACGACGCAAGGUAAAUCUACGCAGACAUCUCCGACGGCCGAGUAUCCGGAAGGAAGUUUCGUGAAGUUUUCGAAGUUAAAGUAUUCCGAGGCGGCUACUUCGCCUUUGGGCAGUCCGGUGGUUCAUAAUGAAGCUCCUCAAGAACAACCCACAACCGCGGCUUCUUCGACGUCGACCGGAAGUAGUUCGCAAGACGCGAAGAGUGCGGAGAGCGAGGUGCCACAGGCUCGAACCGCACGAUUAUCGUCGUCCUCACCUCCAGUUUUAUCACCACCGCCGCAAAUUUCAUCCUCCAGUACAUUCUCAAUCACACCUCCACCACCGCCACCACCACCACCACCACCACCUCCGCCGUCUCCUUUCUUAGACCACCGCUCGCUCAAUAAUUCAACUUCUUCUCUGUCUCCUUCGUUUUCGAUACCACCACCGCCGCCAUUGCCCGCCUGUUCAACGUCCGCGCAGUCUAUUCCUUCGCAACGAACUACCAAUUCCCUGCCAACGAUACCACCGCCUCCGCCUCCUCCACCUCCACCCCCGCCGCCUUUGCAACCAAUGACUGGAGAAGUUCACAGAGAAACUCCUGCACCUCCGCCACCGCCGCCGCCACCGCCAUCCCCUACACCGUCCAUCGGUAAAUUAAUAGCAUCCAUACCACCACCUCCGCCUCCGCCGCAACCUCAGAUACCAGUAUUCAGUUCGGUACCACCGCCGCCACCGCCUCCUCCUCCAGCACCUCCAUCGCAACUGUCGUCGCAGUCUUCCUUUGGACUACACAGCGGUCCAACGAUUCCACCACCGCCGCCACCACCUCCGACACCUUUCGGCGGAGUACCUCCACCGCCGCCUCCGCCACCUGGAAGCAAACCUGCUGCACCACCGCCUCCUCCACUGCUUGAAAUACCUGGAGCACCUCCUCCGCCUCCGCCUCCGGCAGGACCUUGUCCUCUACCAAUACCUCCGGUUGGAGGUUGGAACCCGGCAAGCAGAGCGUGUUUAAGAAAAGAACCUCUAUGUCCCGAGGUUCCAAUGAAACCGCUCUAUUGGACGAGAAUCCUGGUACCAGUGGUGCCUACGGAACGUCGCUCCAUCGACGCUGUGGAUUCUGCCGCUCAGCAGGGUCCGCUAUGGGCGGAACUAGAGGAAGAGACAAAUCUGGACAUGAAAGAGUUCACCGGUCUGUUCUCCCGCCAAGUGACCGACAGAAAACCGGUAAAAAAGGCGGACGUCGCUUCGAAACCGUCUAAAGUGCAACCAGCGAAAAUCCUCGACUCGAAGCGAUCUAAAACCGUGGGGAUACUAGAGAAGAGUUUGCACGUGGACUUUUGCGAGGUGGAGAACGCAGUUUAUAAUCUAGACACGAGUGUAGUUAGCUUGGAAGCGUUGCAACAAAUAUACGAAAUUAGACCAACGCAGAAGGAACUGGAGGACAUAAAAGCUUUCGAGGAAGCAAGCCCGGAAGUACCUCUGGAUCGUCCGGAAGUCUUUCUGAAGAAGCUUUCAAGUAUACAUCAUUUUUCGGAGAGAAUAGCGUGCUUGAUGUUCCAGUCAGAAUUCCAAGACGCUAUUUCCUCUUUAUCUUCGAAGUUGACAAAUCUUCGUACCACCUGCGAUUUCUUAAGAAACUCCAGUUCCCUGAAGAAGGUGAUGGCGUUGAUUCUAACCCUAGGCAAUUAUAUGAACGGUGGAAAUAGAACAAGAGGACAGGCCGAUGGAUUCGGCUUGGAGAUUCUAGGAAAAUUGAGGGACGUGAAAUCGAACGUACCUGGGAUAACGUUGCUCCAUUACGUCGUGAAAGCUAGAUUAGCUCAAGAAAAGGAUCACAAUUUCGAGGAACCUCUUCCGUUACCGAUACCCGAACCAACGGACAUCGAGGCUGCCUCGACGAUCAGUUUCGACAACAUCUCGGGUGAAUUAGAGAGACUGCGAAAGGAAUUGCAAGUUUGCACUGAAAAGUGCAACCUCGUUGUAGAAGCAGAUCCGGAAACGGCAGUACCGUUCAAAGAGAAGAUGGAUUCGUUCUUCCAGGAGGCAGCCGAGGAAUUGGCUAACGAGCAAGAGGCCCUUCUCGACGCGAAGAACAAAUUCAAAGCUGUGAUGCAGUUUUAUCAGUACACGCCUAAAGGAAGUAACCUGGACGCAGCCGAUCCAAACGCGUUUUUCAUUAUGUGGCUGGGUUUUUGCAAGGAUUUCAAAGAUAUAUGGAAAAAGGAGCAACAACGAAUACGAAAGGAACGAGUGGAAGAAAUGCGAAAGAAGUACAAAAGUAAGAAUAAAGUGGAGAAAAUGAAAAUAAGCGCCACGGGAUUGAAGGCGCGGCUCCAGAAACUUUCACGCAAAUAGUGAUUUCAACGAGUCGCCUAAAAGUAUACAUCAGUCUUCGAGCGAGGAUUAAAAGAAAAAAGUCUGUGAUUGUUGCAAAGAAAAA